AUGGACUUAGCUAAAGACAAUCUGCCCAAUCUGCCCGUCGAAAGAGCGCUAGGUGUGAACUGGAAUAUCGAACAAGACAAAUUUGGCUUCAAGAUCAAUCUCAAGGAACGCACUCCGUCAAGAAGAGGUAUACUAUCCAUGGUUAGCGCAUUGUACGAUCCAUUAGGAUUUGUCUCACCAUUCACAUUACAAGCAAAGUCCCUUUUACAAGAUUUGUGCAGACUCAAGCUAGAUUGGGACCAAGAGAUACCAAUAGAACACCAUCAACAGUGGCAAAAGUGGUUAAAUGACCUACCAAAGCUUGCACAAUUCACAGUCGAAAGAUGCUACAAGCCAACGAACUUUGGUCAAGUGACAUCUACACAACUUCACCAUUUCUCUGAUGCGUCUCAAACUGGUUAUGGCUCAGUCUCAUACCUGCGUAUUGUGAGUUGCAGUGGAAAAAUUCAUUGCUCCUUUGUUAUGGCUAAGUCUCGAGUAGUCCCACUCAAGCAGAUAACUAUACCACGCCUCGAGUUAGCAGCAGCGACCGUGUCUGUUCGUCUUGACAAGAUGAUCAAAGAAGAAUUAGAGUAUGAAAUAGAUGAAUCUAUAUUUUGGACAGACAGUACUUCAGUGAUAAGAUACGUGGAAAACGAGACAGCAAGAUUCCAUACAUUCGUAGCCAAUAGAGUUGCUCAGAUUAGAGAGGUAUCAGAUCCUUCACAAUGGAAGUACGUAGACUCAUCCUCCAAUCCCGCCGAUCAUGCGUCAAGAGGUCUGUCAGCAGAUGAACUACUCAAGAGCAAACAGUGGGCAAAUGGUCCAAACUUUCUUUGGAAAGACAACAAUGCUUGGCCACAAAGACCGAAAGGUAUGAUAAGUUCGCUAGAAGAUGAUGUAGAAGUUAAAAGAGAAGCGAAAAUAUGCACGACAUCUACCAGGCCUAACGCCGCAAAUGAGAUAUUCCAGAAAUUCUCAUCCUGGUAUCAUCUGAAGAAGAUUAUUGCAUGGAUACUAAGAURUUUCCAGAAUAUCAAGAAAGCUCUUCAAGCAGAACACAAAGAGAUUGCACGCACAAGAGAAACCUCUCUCAAGUCAAAUACACCAAUCUCCUUGAAGGAAAUGCAAGAUGCAGAAAAAGAGAUUUUACGACACGUUCAGUGGCAAACUUUUCAUCAAGAGAUACGCGCCCUCGAAGAAAAUCUUGAUGGUCUUCCAAGAAAAUCCGUCGUAAGAAAAUCAAGUCCCUUGUCCAAGCUGGAUCCAGUGGUAAAAGACAACUUGAUAUGUGUUGGAGGACGUCUUCGCAAUGCGCCAAUAAGUGAAAGAGCCAAACAUCCAAUAAUACUUCCCAAGAAUCAUCAUGUGACGAACUUGAUUAUCAACGAUUAUCAUCACAUCUCUGGUCAUUCUGGUAAACAACACGUGCUAGCACUCCUGCGCGAACGUUAUUGGAUCAUAAAUGCUAAUGCAGCUAUCAAGAAAGCCCUUGGAAACUGUUUCGACUGUCGACGUAGGCAAUCUCCUCCACUACAGCAGAAGAUGGGAGAUCUGCCAGAUGCAAGGUUAACACCAGACAAGCCACCAUUUACUGCCGUUGGAGUUGMCUAUUUUGGCCCAUUCUACGUGCGCCGCGGUCGAAGUCUUGUUAAGCGUUAUGGCGUCUUAUUCACGUGUAUGACGACGAGAGCCGUUCAUCUAGAAAUCGCUAGCAGUUUAGAUACCAACUCAUUUCUGUUAGCACUAAGGCGAUUUAUUGCCAGACGAGGCCAAGUAGAAGAGAUGUUCUCCGAUAAUGGUACAAAUUUUACAAGUGGCGAUAAAGAGUUGAGAGAAUGCAUUAAGCAGUGGAAUCAAGAACAAAUCCAUGAAAGUCUACUGCAAAAGAACAUUCAAUGGCAUUACAGUCCGCCCUUUGGCUCUCAUCAUGGAGGCGUAUGGGAACGCCAAAUCAGAACGAUUCGCAAGAUCUUAUGUGCUCUUCUCAAGGAACAAACACUCGAUGAUGAAAACCUGUUAACGCUCAUGUGCGAAGUAGAGGCAAUUAUUAACAGUCGUCCCUUCGUACACAAAUUCUUUACGAUGUUGGCACUGCUUGUCCCAUACUCUUGA